UGACUUUUCGGUCGAAAGCAAAACAAAAACACAAUCGCGCUGAUAACAGAUUUACGUUUAAUUUUUAUCGGUAGAUUAGUAGGAACUAAUUUCAGAUAAUUCGCUCCAAAAUGCUUCAACCCAAAGUGUUAACGUCGGUUCUUGGUCAGGCGAACACCGGAGGAGUGGAGAAUACCAUCUUACUCACACACGAAGGCGCUCUGCUGGCCUUUUCCGGCUACGGUGACCGGGAUGCAACGAUAACGGCGGCCAUUGCCAGCAACGUGUGGUCCGCGUACGAGAAAAACGGCCGCAAUGCCUUCCGGGAGGACCGCCUAAAGUACGUGUUUCUGCAGUGCGAAAACGGCAACGUAAUAAUCACACAGGUGGCCAAUCUGCUGUUGUGCCUUUAUGCGAGGGACAACGUUGGACUGGGAAUUCUGCAACAGAAGGCGCAAGCGCUGGUAAACUAUCUGGAAGGGCCGCUGAAGGAGAUUGCCACUUCUUAGGGCGGCUCUUCUACAAUAAGAUGGGAACGGGAAGGUAUGUGCAGAGAUAAUAGGGGGGUUCGGGGAUAAAUUAAAUACACAGAUUGAUUUAUUUGUUGUACGCAAAGUGGAAAA